AUGGUCCUUUGCUCUGAUCGUCUCUUUGCCACCUUUGAAGCCCAUUACACCGAUGCAUUAUUCUUCAACGAACUUGAUGACUGUGCACAAGACUGCGACCCUACCAUUAUCAGCACUCCCUUACCUACCUGGGCUGAUGCCCAGAAAGGCAUAUUCCACCCACCAGCUCUAGUUCAGACCAGCGACCCGUCUCCUCAAUGGUCUUGUCAUCUACCGUUUAUGAAGCUGCCCGGGGUCAGUAGAGGUUCACUCUACUGCCCCCCAGAGUACCAACCUCGGAUCCUUGAGAAAGCACUGCUGCCGGACCUUGUUGAAGUUAAUCUUGCCCGUCCCAACGAGCAGCCUCGCAUUACUGAAAUGCCGGGUCUCCAUCCUUCAUUGGUAUCGCACUACCUUAACGUCUUACCCAAUGCUCGACUGGUUAAGCAGGGCUCGCGCACAUUUCGGCCAGAACUUGAACUGCAGAUCAAGGAGGAGGUCCAAAAGUUACUAGAUGCAGGUUUUAUUAAGCCUAUCAUCCACCCCACCUGGUUGGCCAAUAUCGUCCCAGUUCAAAAAAAGAACCGCCAGAUAAGGGUGUGUGUCGAUUUUCGAGAUCUCAACAAGGCAUGCCCCAAGGAUGAUUUCCCCUUGUCCAUCAUUGACACCCUCAUCAAUGGUACUGCAGGUCAUGAAAUGUUCUCUUUCAUGGAUGGCUUUAGCGGUUACAACCAAAUUCGUAUGGCUACUGGUGAUGCGGAGAAAACAGCCUUUUGA